CAACAAGCCGGCCUUCCGCGCAAAUGAUCAUUGAAUCGGAAAUGUGGGAAUGGCUAUGGGGCUGGCUCGAUGGUCAAGAUGAUGCAGAGUGGGAGUGCGUGGUUUGAGGACUACGGGCUUUGAUUGCUAUUCAGAGUCGCGUAUAAAGACUCUCAAGGCAGCGAGAUGUCAUUUACUCACAAGAUAAACUCCUCUUCCCAGAAGUCUAGAUGAGCUACUAUAACCCUAUCUCUCAGUGCAACAACUGUCGUCUCACAAAUUUAAGCAAUGCGACGGUGCCAUGCCGCUCUGCACGCCAUGCCAGAUUCAACCGUCGCAAACUGCUCCCUGUGGAUAUACUGCGACCGAUCCUGCUCCAGCGAUGUACCCGCGGCCUGGAUACACAAGUUCUGAUGCCUAUUCGUCGGAUAGCUCAGGGAGUCUCAGUCCGGAAAGUUCGCGGCUUCGCUCGGUGUCCAAUUCCCCGUCUCCAGGAUCCUCCCAGUCCGAGUUAACCUAUUUCUGAGAUUUCUCUUUGGUCUAACAACCUGAGCAGUGGAUCAGACCUUGAUGUUUUCAUCACACGCUUCAAUCAAUCACCGAUAUUCUAUCUGGGCAUUGCAAACUUACGAACUCUGUUCCAGGGACAGAUCUCAACCAGUCUCCGGAGCGCCGUAUAUCUAUGGAAUGCUCACCUGACCGCACAGUUCCACGAUCCCAUGCCUACCAUACAAUCGCUUGCCCAAAUCACAGCCCUGGCCCCGCAGAUGUCCGACAACGAAUUUUUGCAAACGCUCCAGGCCCAGGUCUUGAUCUCUUAUUACUGCCUGGACAUCGGGCUCAAAGACGAGGGCCCGCAGAUAAUUCAAUCUGCGUGGGCUCUGGCGUCGUGGGCCGGGUUACACAUCGGAGGCAACCCAAGCGAGCACCGCGCGACUGCUUUCUGGGCUUUGCUUCUGACGCAUAACAUGUGGGUUACCGCAUCCGGCAGGACUCUCCAGUUUCCGUUCAAUCUGAGAGAGGUCUCUGUUUCUUGGCCGACGAACGGGCGAGAAAGAGGUACCGCGCGGUACCCCAUCUCGGAAUUUAUGGACGGACUCGACCACCCGGAAGCCUUUUCUCCGUUCGCGCUUCUCAUCAAGGCCUCUAUACUGCUUGAACGCGUCAUCACAUUCUGCAUGGGCGUAACCGAGCCAGCGCAGUUCCUCAUCGUGCAGUCGCGCCUGCGGACAUUCCAAGCUCAGCUGCCGGCGCUGGAGUCCAAAUCGACCCUGGCCUCGCCGGGCUUCCAUACCCUCCUCGUCGCGCGAUGUUUCAUCAACGUGGCCUACAUUCGGCUCUGCGCGCUAGGAAGCGGGGGAGGAUUAGCGCAGACGAGCUCACAUGCCAAUAUGGCACUUGCUCGAAGUGCUGCCAAUCGCUUUGUUUCGGAUCUCAGGAAAGCAGGAAACUUGCAGUGGAAAUAUGUGGAGCCGGUUCUCGGACCUCUCAUGUCGACGACAUGCUUUUGCUACUCGUCUGCACUGUGUCACGCUCAAGAGGCGAUCACCAACAAACAAGUUAUAGUAGAGCUUUUGGCUAAGUUUAGCCGAUAUUCAGAAACAAUCCACCGAACAAUGCAGGCACACGCGGACGCGUGCACGAUACCCGUAUCCGUGCGCCCUGGCGCGCAGCGCACAUUCACCGCCGUCGGGCGGGGCAUCAAGGCUAUCCUACAAACGGCCGUUUCGGGCCGGCUUAUCAUCCGCCCGAAACGCCCCGAAGACAGGCUUGCGACUGCAAAACGAACUGCGGGGAACCAGAAGGAGGUGGAGGGGAGAGCCUCAAAGGAGACAGUGGUGACGGAAGAGGCUCACGGGGAGGAAGAGAAGAAGGACGAGAUACCCGAUGACACGGAAGUCUACAUGAAGAGCGAAAUCGCUGGCUGGUACACCCCGCCCCCGACUCCCGGGGCUCGCUGGUCUGCUUCCGCCGUGACUGCGCCGAGCGUGUGGCCAAACUUCGCGACGACGGAGCCUGUGGACGAGAUCCACCAAACGCUUGUUGAGCUCGGGAUCAAAGUGCGGGACUUUGCGUACCCCAGCCAUUGUGUGGCGCGCACCGACCCUCUUGCACCAGAGCCAAUGAAACUUUUGUCUGGUGAAACUUCGCCGCUAGUUCCCACACCGGACAUUCCUCGCCAGGGUACACCCUGGGACCCACCACACCCGAGCCUUCGCCCGCUGCCCGAAUCGUCUGCUCUCAAAAUCCGCGAUGCCCUCUGCAAGAAAUAUGACGUGCCGAUGCUCAAGCCGGCUCGUGUGCCGAUGUACGAGACUCACCGGAUCCCCGCCCCGUUCAGUCCCGUGCAGAUCGUGAUGUACAUCGAGGGCCGGCUGUCCCAGAGUCCGCGGACGAUUCCAAUUCUAGGGAUGUACACGCGCAGACUCCUCUCGAUUUCACCGUUUCUGGUCGAUCUGUCGCGCUACCACGAGAUGGAUCUGGAAGAGCUCCGUCGGUACGAUGCGCGCAUCCUGCGGCGGGCCGUGGAAGCCGGGAUCGAGCCGUAUCCCUGGAAGGUUGUGGGUGUGCCGCACGGGUGGGCGCCUUCGUUGGAUUGGCGAGAUCUGCUGGCACUGGUCGGGAGGACGGACAUCGAGGAGUGGUAUGACCCGCAGACGCAGGGCACGCUGCUGACUACCUUCAUCCAAGAACGGCGAAAGGGUGAUCUCUGGGAAAACGAGGAGUUGGACAGUCUUGCCGCGGAGAACGCUGGGCACGGCCUGUCUCCGGGAUCAUACUUGACCAGUCCACCGCCGUCAAGUCGGAAAGCCUCCCUCGACCCAGAUACGGUGAAACGCUUCGUCGAGCAUCCGGACACGUCGGAGGCCAGCGAGUACUUCCGGGACGUCCGGGCGGAGCUGGACCUGGUCAACGAAGACAUGCUGACGGGGAGGCAGAGGAUUCUGACGUGGUUCAAACGCCGGGAGAGCUACGUUCCAGAGGGCCCCGAAUUCGACUACCUCUCCGAUCUCGUGCUCCUGCUGGGUCACGUCGACCGUGCGGCUGGCCUGCCCGGGGAGGUUCCCGACGGACCCGACGUUCGUGCUCUGACUCGCCAGUUCUAUCCUGGCAUGCGGACCCCCUUCGUCCCCGGUCUGACUGACCCUUAUGGUGAUAUAGUCGCCUAUUGGGGCCCUGAUGCCGUCUGGGAUUUAUAUCGGAUGUUCGCUGCUCCUCCGCCAACAGAGCCGGGGAAGACACUGAACCACUACCUGGAAACGUACUCAACGAUCACCAGCUCUGCGACGCCGAUCGUCACGGCCGUCGCGGACGACUCCUUCUUGAUGAAUAGCAUAUCGAGCAACGUCUACGACGUGGCUACCUAUGAAGAAUCUGCACAAGAUAUCAAGACUGCGCGGAGGUUGUGUGCCUUGAAAGAAGAGAGAGCGCAGCGGCAAGCUUUGGAAGAAGCCAAACGCGUCCAUGCGGGGCGUCAGAGCCAGUCGCCACCGCUCAAGCGCAAGGCUGAGGACGACGAGCUUCCGGAGGGGGAAACUGAAUCAAAGAAAGCGCGUACUGAAGUGUAGAUAGUCUACUCAAAUUGACGUUGCUCUUGUAAUAACAGACGGAAGAUUGUACCAGCCCCUUCUAAUUGAUGAAAGAUGUCGUCUGUCAGAAAAACAGACACGUGACGAAUUACCGUCCUAUUAUACCAUCGACGGUCGCUUCCUCUACUGCGAAACCAUCAACGAAGGAGGCAGGGAAUGGACUGCCUUUUCGCCAAUGAACCUAUGUGCAAAUUUCCAUGCAGAACCGCAUUGCGCCCUCCAUGAAUAGCCUGACUGACAAGCCACUAUCGGUGGGGUCGAUCUAACUAUUUUCGGCGCCAACUGUGCUCUUGCGACUCAAGACACUGAACAACCCAUCGAUAUCCCCCUCCCGCAAAGCCAUGAUAGGCCCGAAAUUUGUGCAAGCCAGGAACCGGGUUCUGCCCCCAGUCCUCUCAAGAGACGCAACUGCAAUCCUUUGCAAGCUGAUUAGCAUCUCCACUGAAUCCGGGUGUCUUCCAUGAAGCCGUUCCUGUGUGACAGGUGCUGGGCGCUGACAGGCCAUUGCCCAUGUAUAUGGCCAAGGCUGGCCAGCCGCGGUCCAAUCGACGCUCUUCGGGGCCCUGACACCAGACACCUGCGAUCCCAGUCUACACAACUGCAGGAGCGCCUUCUCCAUCGUCUGGGGAUGCCUCACCACGCUCUUCGCCUGCACGUGGGUCUCCGUGCACCCGAACGUCCCGUCGCCGCAUAAAGGCUCGUUUGGGAAAGUCUGGGGGAGACUGAAGCUCAUGCUUGUGGCCCUGAUCGCGCCGGAGCUGAUCGUCGGAUUCGCGGCGAGGCAGAUGCUUGCGGCGCGGUUCUUCUCGCGAGCACUGGGUGUAUCCAAGACCCACGGCUUCUUCAUUACGAUGGGGGGCUUUGUGUCCGGGAUCGGACAUCAUCCACUCGUCACGCUCGGGCAGCUCAAUCCUGUGGUGGUAGACAUCAAGCACGUGCGGAAAGAGGAGAUCCAGGACAAGAGCAAGGGCGAUGCCCUCGCGAAGAUGGUUGCGAUCGGCCAGUUGAUCUGGUUCACCACGCAGUGCACGUUCCGGGUGCUGCAGCAUCUGCCCCUCACUGAGCUCGAGGUCGCGACGUUCGCGUUUGCGUCUGUCGACAUCUUCAUCUGGAUGCUGUGGUGGGGCAAGCCGCUCGGUGUGGAGGAGCCCAUCCCCAUCGGCCCUGUCAGUGAUCUGCGCGAAGAGGAGUCGACGAUCCCC